AUGUCAGUCAGUCCCACGCCCUCGCUCCAGCUGGCCGAGUACCUCGAGAAGCUCCCAGGUACGACAUUUAGGAAGCUGUACCAGCAGCCCUCGACAGCGUUUGCCAUCUUUCGUCGCAUGCUCCCGCACUUGGCGAAAACCUUUGUCAUGCGAAUUCUCUACAUGCCCAAAGCUAUACUGCUCAGUGACCUCGAUGAUUGGGUUAAGCCGAGCGCCAAACGGCAAAAGGAUCAAGCCCUAUCCAUCAUGCGCGUCCUCUACAUCGUCCAGAUCACGGCGCCCUCGAAAGAUCGACCACAGGAGAUGCAGCUCACGGCAAACUUCAAGACCUCGCUUCGCCUCGCCCUCUCCGGCGGCGGCACCCACAACUCAUUCGGCGUUCCCUCGAGCCUGCAAGUCCCCCCCGAGAUCGACACCCCCUUCCUCGACCGUUAUGCCCGAAAAAGGUGGGAGGACAUCCUGCACUAUGUUGUUUCUAGUGUCGGCUUCAAGAGCGCCAGCGAGGUUUCCGGGCCGAAUAAGAACGUGAAGGAACUCCUCAUCGCAGGACGGCUGGUCGACCGCCGACCCAAUGGUGGCGUGGGCAUCACUCAGGCAGGUUUUACUUUCCUGUUGCAGGAGGCCAACGCCCAGGUGUGGACGCUUCUGCUGCUUUGGAUUGAGGCUAUGGAUACCAGAAAGGAGCUCGAGGCGACCGACAUGCUGUCGUUCCUCUUUGUGCUUGCGAGCAUGGAGCUCGGCCGCGCCUACGACACCAAUGCCCUGACAGAUCAGCGCAAGAACAUGUUGGUAUACCUUGUUGAGUUUGGUCUCAUCUACAUUCCCAAUCACAAGUGGUCCAUGUUCUUCCCUACGCGCCUCGCUACGACUCUCACUAGCAGCGGAAACAGUCUCCGCAGCAUCAGUGACGGCGUCGCAGCCGCCACAGCUGCGGCCUUGGCGCCAGGCCAGUCCAACCCAUCUGGUGGCAACGCGGACCAAAAGGGCAGUGUCAUUAUCGAGACCAACUACCGUCUCUACGCCUACACUCAGUCCACCCUGCAAAUCGCCGUCAUUGCUCUCUUUGCCAAGCUCAACAUGCGUUUUCCCGACAUGGUGGCCGGUCGUCUCUCGCGUCAGUCUAUUCGCCAGGCUAUCAACUUCGGCAUUACGGCCGACCAGAUCAUCUCUUACCUCGCCGCUCAUGCGCAUGACCAGAUGCACCGCACUGCCGCCCUCAACAACAAACCCGUCCUGCCCCCGACGGUUGUAGAUCAGAUCCGUCUCUGGCAGCUCGAGAACGAGCGCAUGAAGACAACUGGCGGCUUCCUCUUCAAGGACUUUGAGGACCACCGCGAGUACAUGGCCGUUGCGGGCUUCGCUGAGGAGGUUGGUGUGCUGGCCUGGCGGAAUGACGUGAAGGGAAUGUUCUUUGCGAGCAAGCACGAACAGAUCCGCGACUACCUACGGAUUCGGAAGAAGGCCGAGUAA